AUGAAUAUACAAGAUGCCAAUACAAAUAUAUGUGAAUUAAAUUUACAACCAAAGAAACGAGCACGUGGCAAGAAUACAUGUGCGAACAAGUUAUUAUUUGACGACCAGAGUGUGGGCAAUAAUCCUGCUGAUGUAUCAACAUUUACGGCAUCGAAACCUGUUGCACUUGAUCAACUCAACAACAUCAAUGAUCAAGAGAAUUCACCACCACCACUUAUUAUUGAUACUGAUAAAGAAACAUGUUCUUCACACUCAAUAAUGUCCGAUUAUUUUCCACGAACUGAACCAAUUGGAGAACGUUUACCAAGUGAUCAACGAAAUGCUGCUAAUAAAACAUACAAUUACUUAUCAAAUAAUCCAACACGUUCUCCAUUUAAUGAAAAUCGUUCUGUUGGUGACGAUCAGCCGAAUAAAGAACGUCCACCUGAAGAAAAUCGAACACCUGUCGUCAAUCGAUCAACAGCACGUCAAUGUACAUCAAAUAUUCGUUUACAAUCGUCAACUCCUCGAAUUAUUGUUUCGGUCGAUCGACGCCGAUCAGAUUCAAAUGAAGAUUUGAAUCACAAUCACCGCAUCCCAAUACCUAUUCGAUCAUCUCAUCAUCAUCAACUUAAUAACGGUGGUUUACUUGAUGAAUACAAUGAUUCAUUUUCUGUCGAUUCUAUUCCGAAAGAGACAUAUGAAAUUUUGUCUCGAUUUUCUGAAUUUCGUCGUUUAGUUAAAGCUUAUAACAGCGAAAAGAAAAAAUGUUUAAUUUGGUCGAAAGAUUUUGGGCGUCUUCAGGCCAGUUACAAACAAUUAGAGGAAAAUUCUUUUCCUCGUCCUCCUGCAGUUGCACUUAGUUAUCUCGUAGAUUUGGUCACCCAAAUACAACAAUCAGGUGGACGUGGUGAUCCACGAACUGAUGAACAAAUAGCACGUGAUUUAGGUGAGAGUUCAAUCUUUUUAAUGGGUUUAAAAGAUGUUACUCCUCAACAAACAGCAUUAAAUCUGUUUAAUCAUUUGUAUCCUGGUUAUGAAGCAAAAGUAGAGUUGGAUUCUGUAAAUAACCUGGAAGUUCUUAAACCUGGUCUACUAGAAACUAUGUUAACUUUUGCUCAACGAUCGGCACCAGGUACAAAUUACAAGACUCAAGAAUUACGUGAUAGUUUAAGUAACAGCAUUCGUGGUGCCCGAUACCAAUGGCGCAAGUUGAGCAGUUCAAUAACUCAUGCAGCAACUGUUCUUGAAAGAAGAAAUGAUUAUGAUAUGGGAGUUCAAAAUGAAGCUCGUGUCAAUCGAAUCAAUGAAUAUUCAACAGAUAUCAUGUUUCAUUCACGUAAAAAUAUCGCUACGAUUCGUCGUUCUUCACAGCGACAAAACAAUCGACGUUUAGCUCGUAUUCAACGACAAAUAGCUUUAGAAACAGUUGUUUCCAACAUAAGUUCUCUUGUUUAUCAAUCUUCUGAAACAGUUUUAACAAGACCAUCUUUCGAAUCUAUUCAAGCAGUACAACAAGAUAAUAAUAAAGAAGUUGAUAAUCUUAGUUUAUCCAUGUCAUCAGGUUUAUUAAAUAUAUCUGAUGUACACACAAAUGUCACUGAGUCUAAGUCCAGUAGCGAAAACAACACCACCAGUGAAGUUCAGUCGGAAGAAAAUCGACCAUCAUUCUUUUUAUCUGACUCAAAAAAAGUUAAAACCGCUGAAGAAGUCAUAGAAGAUUUUGAUUCAUCUGUAAAGUCUGAUGAAGAUGAUGAUAAAGAGAAACUACUCGUUGAUAGUGAUGAUGAAGAAUUAUGGGUUGAUGCAGAUGAUGGUGACUUAUUUAACGAUAAUAAUAACAGUACUGAUCAUCAAUUGACGUCUACAGAAAUUGCACUUGCUCUCUCGCUUUUAAAAUCACGUCAUUCGUUGACCAAUACAUGCAUAUCGAACAUUUGCAAACUAUUAAAACUUCUUCAUGUACCUAGUUCUCCAACUGAUUUUCGUCACGUUCGUUCUCUCAUUAGUAAUCCUUAUCAAGCAGCACUUUUUGCUCGAGAAUCUUUAAUUUCAUGCCCAUCUUGUCAUAAAAUUUCUUCGAAUUCUACUCAUUGCACGUCAUCUACAACAUGUAUAAGCAAAUACAAGUUUAUUACAAAUCCAACUAUAAAUCAUAUUCUUCAUAUAGAACCACAAAUAAGAGCUGUGCUCGAACGUACAGAUUUAAUAAUAAAACCAAGAAAUAAUGAAAGUAUUAUUACUGAUAUUGUUGAUUCACCAUUCUAUCGUAAAUUAUUAUGUAUCGAACAGAAUUCUUUCAUUACACUUUUAAUGAAUUCUGAUGGUGCUGUAGUGAAAUCUAUUUCUCGAUCUAUUUGGAUCACUACAUUCGUGAUAAAUGAACUAUCACCAUCUAUUAGAUUUAAUCGAGAAAAUUUAAUUAUUGGGAUGAUAUCGAUCGGGUCAUCAAAACCACACAAAGAAGAGAUGCAGAUUUUUUUAAAUGACCUCGUAAAAGAACUUGUUUAUCUUGAAAAUAAUGGUCUUCGAUAUUGUCCAAUCAAUUCGCCUUCUCAUAUUGAUAAAACUGUACGUGUUUAUUUAAUCGCAGCAAGCUGUGAUAUGCCUGCUAGAUCACUGCUCAUAAACCAUACUGAAGCAACUGGUUAUUUUGGUUGUGUACAUUGUGAAAAUAUAAAUGUGGGAGAAGGUCAUACUCGUGUAUUCGUGUACGACAACAGCAAUGAUGUUGAAUUACGUUCUAAUGAUUCAUAUGAUGAAGCUAUUCGAUUACUCGAACAAUCAUUAGGUAGACGAAGACGUGGCUCUGUUAAUUCAAUCAAUAAUGGUUUAGAUGGAUUACGAGGUCCAUGUGCACUUCGAUCUUUGAAGCAUUUCGAUGUAUAUCAGUCGUUCACAUCUGAUACACUUCAUACUUUAUAUGAAGGCGUUACAGUAAACACAAGAUCUGUUCCGAUUUCUGAUUCAUCAUCACUUGGAAAAUCAACUAAUUCGUCAUCGGACGUAUCUUCAUCGAUUGCUGAACAAAUUCGUCAAAUACUAUCAACAAAUAUAGUCAAACCAAAUACUUCAAGUGGAGAAACAAAUUCACAAUCAGUCAUAACAAAAGCUUCAUUAGAUAAAUUACCCGAUAUUGUUAAAGUUGAAAAUACGAAUAUUCCACAAACAAAUAAUAAUGUUGCAGAAGCAGCAAAAGAAUAUGUUCAACAACAACAACAGAAAACACAACCAUUGUUUUCACGUCCAAAAGUUGAAGCAGUACCCGUUGUAUCAUCUGCAUUUAAUUACACAUCACCAUCGGUAACGACAGCUGGAUCUUUGACUUCAUUUGCUGCACCAAAUUUUCCAUCGUUUAAUUCAGUAAAUCCGUCAUUAUCGUUUAAUUCUGCUUUAAAAGCAGCAACAUCAGUAAAUGUUCCUAAUUUUGUUUCUCAAUCUUCUCAAUAUUUCUAUCGAAUUCCGCCACAAAAUGUUUAUCCAUCUCCAUUGAAUUCGACAGUAGUUGAUCCAACAGCUGGAAUUUUUCAAUCAUAUUCUCAAUUUAAUGUACAGCCGACACCAAAUCCUUCAAUUGUUAAUCAACAAAUAAAUACACAACAACAAAUUAGAAAAUGA